AUGCAGCAGCUGGGGCUUGGCAAAGCCCUGCAACUGGUUGCUGUGAUGAAGCACAGGUGCAACAAGGAGAGGGCCAAUACCAAACUGCUGCACAACCAAGUGGACAAUGAGUGGGAGGAGGAGAAUGAUAAUUAUGGUGACUAUCUCCUCAGCAAUGAGGAUAUCACUGAGAUGACUACUGAAGAGCAGAGCUUGAUGCAGGAGGUGGCCACUCUUGACAGCCAGAUCCAGACCAAGGAGAAGAUUGUGGCCUUCCACAAGAACCACAGUUGGCACAGAUGA